AAUGAAAAAGAAGAAUUGAAAUGCUAACUGUUAAAUUUUAUGGGAACUACGCUUUCAUAUAUUUAAGUAGUACUUAUUCUUUGUUUUUGGUUAUUUCAUUCGGUUUACAGUAAGAAGAAUGGGUCGUAGAAGAAAUCGAAGAUUUUUGAAAAAAACUAAAAGCUCAAUACCGACUAACCAAAUUGAAUCAAAUAUGUCUUUGGAGGAUUCUUCAUCAAAAUCACAAGUAUCAUUAGAUACUCAAGAUGAUAUGUGUGCGCUUGAACAAUCAGCAGCUGAUACGUCUAAAAAAAUUAACACUUCACCUUCAAAUAACACUGCAAUGUUGCUAAGUAACAAUAAUGACGCAAGUAAAGAAGAUUGUUGGGAUAUUUUGGAAAAAUUGAUUUCCAUUAUUAAGUGUGAUUCUGGAGAAAACAUGAUCAUUUCAAUUCUUCAAAAAAUUCUUGAUGCGAAAUUUGAGGAAAGGAACAUAUCGGGAUUGAUAUUAGACGUUCUAAAUAUAUUUGAUGAGGAUUGUUCAGCUAAAAUCUCUUACCUUGAAGAACAAUUUAAAGAUUUCCUACUACCAAACGAAUUUUUAAAUAUUGUUACCAGCAAAGAAAAUGUAAAAUAUCUUUCACAUAUAGCUAGUGGUGGAUUUGGAUAUAUAUUUAAGGGAAAACUUCACCAGAAAAAUGAAAUAGUUUUGGAUGUGGUCAUUAAGACGCCGAAAUCGCCAAUAAACAAAGAUCUUUUAAAAAAAGAAGCGAUUGUCAUGGCGACAUUACAUCACAAUAAUAUCGUUGGAAUUUUGGCAUUUGUGGAACGGCCAAUAACUAUUGUUAUGGAACAUUUUGAUAACGGAGAUUUGAAGAAUUUUUUAGCAAAUAACUCAGUCACCCAAUCACAACUUUAUAAUAUGAUGAUAGAUAUUUUAAAAGGGAUGGAAUAUCUUUCUGAAAAACUGUACAUUCACAGGGAUUUAGCUACAAGGAACAUUUUCGUUAAUGCCCAACUUGAAUGUAAGAUUGGAGAUUUAGGCAUAUCUUGUAAAAUAAACGAACCCAAUGGUUCUUAUAGGGAGGUGGGAAGACAUCUUGACAUGUACAGUAAUGCACCAGAAUCGGUACAUUUUAAUGUGUUUUCUAUAAAAUCGGAUGUUUGGGCGGUCGGAGUAUUAAUAUGGGAAAUGAUGUAUUUAAAAGACCAUUGUAUGAAAUUUAAGAAGUAUUAUCUCUAUCGUAUUUUGGAUGUGUUUAUGUAUACAUACCAUCUACCAUUCACUCCAUGUUGUCCGGAUAAAUUAUUGCAUUAUAUUAAUAAUCACAUUCUAAAUAUGGACCCUGAUGCACGACCAACUUUUACUGAUAUAAAAAAUUUUAUAUCAAUUAACUUCAUCAAUAGGGAAGAAUCAUCUUAAGUUUUCUAAAAAAUGGUGUUUUUUUUUCAACAAUUUUGCUAUAUUAAGUUUCGUAUUAUGUUGUUUACACCUUUCUUGUUUUAUUGAUUAUAAUAAGGGAUAUUACUUUUUUUUAAUGUUUUUUUAAACUCAAUAAAGACUUCUUGAAA